AUGGAUGUCCUUCCAAACGAAAUGAUGAUAGAAUCCCUUUGGUUCUGUGCUGCCAUAGACAUUCUCCAUGUCCGCCUCCUCAACAAGUUUCACAGGGAACUUGUCGACAAAUCUCCAGAGCUUCAGCUCAUCAUCCAACUCGCCAAAGAUGGCAUGGCGCCGGCACAUCGCGCAAGCUCCGCGUCGAUCCACUCCAUGCUCACCAACUGUACCAUGACCCGCCGGAGAUGGAACGCACUUGCACCUUUGGACCCGGUGUUAUCCCCACCAACGGCUCAAGACUUUAACAUCUACGAGUUUGGCGGCAGUAUUCUGGCGUAUUGUACUACUUAUCCCGGCGAAUCUGAUUGCGUGAAAUUCAUCUCACUGGAUCAUCCAAAGAAGACGGUAGUUGAGCCCGUUAUACUUUCGUUCAAGUGCUUCGAACUCUCCUGCGAUCCUGGCCAGCACUUGCUCGUCGUUGUCGAGGACGCUGCGACAGACUAUCCAGUACACUUGAUGAGCAUGCAGACUGGCGAGUACCACCAUCGUGCCGCCACUCGGAUCUUCCACAAUCUGAAUGUCGCAGGGUAUACAUCACCUGACAUUGCGACAUGCAUAUCUGGAGAUAUCAUAUCUUUUGUUUACUCGCUUACCGAGGCUAGAGCCGAAAUAGGUGUCUCUGUCGUCAACUGGGCCACUGGGGCAAUUCUCUUGAGUUGCACAUUCAUCGGCGCACUCCAUACGACAUUGCUCUCGUCGCGCUUCCUCAUAGUCGCCUUUUGCACCACUACCGUCGCACCCGACGACGCACACCUCAAACUUUUCGACCUCGAAACACCAAGUCCACGAGAUACAUCUCUCGUCCUUCGUCUCCCAGCCUUUACGCAACAUUCGACCCGUCGCUACUCUGCAUCCUACUUUCUCCACGGCUCGAACAACGCCAUAUUAUCCCAACGCACUGAUGGAACGAUGAGAACGGGUGAACGUGACAUUGUAACGCUCUUUAUUAAGGCCACCACCGUCGACUCGGAUGCCGUCGUUCGCAAAAUGCUCGUGUUCAUCUCACGCGCUCGUUUACUCUCAUUGGCAUUCGAGUGGUCCCAAAUGCCACAUCAUAGCCGCCCAAAGAGACACGUUCUGGCCUAUGAGACGUGGACAGGCCACGGCAAACAUACACGGUGGAUUGACAUUCGGGGUACGGCUCAUGAGCCACAAGAGCAUCUAUGGAUCCAAGUGCGUUUGCUUGGCUAA